ACAUUAGGAAAAGGUUUUUAUAAUAUGAACUAUUAUAUCUUAUGAUUUCAGAUGAGUCAGAAUGAAUGCAAAUCGGAAUCGAACCUCAGUGUGAGAUCUACACAUGUACAUAUUGUACAGUAUAACUGUAUAAAAACAUGUACUGUACUAGUGAGUGUACUAGUGAGUGCACUGAGCCCUCUGCUGGCAGCACGCGGAACUGCACUCGCUCCACUUUACCCAGGAUGCCCCGCCCGCUCUAAACACAACACAUCGCUAUCUUCCGCGGAGUAACUGGGUCACGAGACACACGAGAACUGCCGCCGCCGGUCUGAGCGCGAGGAUCCGCCGCAGCAACCGAGAGCCAAUGAUCGUGUUCGGCGGGACCGCUCGGGUGAAGUGUUGGAGCGCGGGCCCGGGCUGAGAGGCGACCCCGAUCUCCCGCGAUCACCAGAAUGAAAAGAGGUCAGAAGCGAGGUGAUGAUGCAGAGGAGGGCCCCGGGGCCCCUGAGCUCUGUAAGCGGCUCCGGCAGGACGACUCUGAGGACGGGGCGGUGGACUGGAGGCUGCUGCCCGAGGAGAUCCUGCUGCAGAUCUUCCAGUACCUGCCUCUGCUGGACCGGGCCUUCGCCUCGCAGGUGUGCCGCGGCUGGAACCAGACCUUCCACACGCCUGAGCUCUGGAGGUGCUUCGAGUUCGAGCUCAACCAGCCCGCCAGCUCCUACCUGAAGGCCACGCACCCCGACCUGAUCAAGCAGAUCAACAAACGCCACUCCAACCACCUGCAGUACGUCAGCUUCAAGGUGGACAGCAGCACUGAAUCUGCAGAAGCGGCGUGUGACAUCCUCUCUCAGCUGGUCAACUGCUCUCUGAAGACGCUCGGACUGAUCUCCACCGCACGACCCUCCUUCAUGGAGCUGCCCAAAUCUCACUUCAUCUCGGCGCUGACGGUGGUGUUCGUGAACUCGAAGUCUCUGUCGUCCCUGAAGAUCGACGACACGCCGGUGGACGACCCGUCACUCAAAGUGCUGGUGGCCAACAACAGUGACACGCUGAAGCUGCUGAAGAUGAGCAGCUGCCCACACGUGUCUCCUGCAGGUAUCCUGUGUGUGGCGGAUCAGUGUCACGGUCUGCGCGAGCUAGCGCUCAACUACCACCUGCUGAGCGACGAGCUUCUGCUGGCGCUCUCCUCCGAGAAACACGUCCACCUGGAGCACCUGCGCAUCGACGUGGUGAGCGAGAACCCGGGACAGACGCAGUUCCACGCCAUCAAGAAGAGCAGCUGGGACGCCAUGGUGCGCCACUCGCCCAAGUUCAACCUGGUCAUGUACUUCUUCCUGUACGAGAACGAGUUCGGGCCCUUCUUCGGCGACGAGGUGCCCGUCACGCACCUGUACUUCGGCCGCUCCGUCAGUAAGGAGGUUCUGGGCCGCGUGGGCCUGACCUGUCCUCGGCUGGUGGAGCUGGUGGUGUGUGCGAACGGCCUGAGACCCCUGGACGAGGAGCUGAUCCGGAUCGCAGAGCGCUGCAGACAGCUGUCGGCCAUCGGCCUGGGCGAGUGUGAGGUGUCCUGCAGCGCCUUCGUGGAGUUCGUCAAGAUGUGCGGCGGCCGGCUCACGCAGCUCUCCAUCAUGGAGGAGGUCCUGGUGCCAGACAGCAAGUACGGGCCGGACGACAUCCACUGGGAGGUGUCCAAGCACCUGGGCCGCGUCUGGUUCCCCGACAUGAUGCCCACCUGGUAGCACACAGCCGGAGACUCGCGCGUCCUCUCAGACAAAGCGCCGCGUGUUUUCUACUCUCUAGUCCCCGUGACUGACACAACGACAUCGUGUGUGUUCCUCGGAAAACGUACGUGUCAUUUCUACUCUCAGCAGCUUGCUUGCUCGUGUUUCCUGUUGGUUUGCGGCGGACGCAUUUCAAGCACUUUUACCAAGUGAAGUUUCAGCUCGAGGCGAAUCGGAUCAUGUUUUGAUUCUUUAUAUUUGCUCUUGUUGUUCGUUCCAGAUGGAGGUGGGUUCAGAAGCGCUCGUGACUCCAUGAUAACUGACCACUUUGCUCAAAAAUAUAAUCAGAAAUUAUUUAUUUUAUAUCAUAUAUAGCAGGGCUUGGCAUUAAGACUUGGCAUGUGAAUCAUGUCCGGGGGGAAAGUGUUUGUUUUUUGGUGUAACUGUAAUUAAUUCUGAAGCAAUAGUCUCAUCAGGUCUUACUUUAAUCAGCGUAUUUCUGACACUUGCUUUAAAUUGAUUUCUAGGACACUUUUUAACUUUAUGAAGGGCAAUAUCUUCCUAACAUUAUUAGAUGUAGGUGUCAUCAUUUAUGUCAAAUUCUUACAUUUUGUCAAUGCAUUCGGUUAGAAUAAUAAGACACUAUGUUUGUUAUCACUCAGAUGAAAUCAGAUCUUUCCGCUGCGGAGGAAACACAGAAGCUGCAUCUGAAGUGUUUAAUUUACUCGCUGUUUAAUGAAGAUAAGAGGAUCCAUAAAUGCAUUCACAUAGUAAAAUUGCAUAAAUAAUGGUACAAGAUUAAUGUUUUUUACUUUUUUUAACAUACAAAUAUGAAAUGUUGGAAAAAUGCAAUGAUACUUUUUAAUAUGAAACCAAACCAGCAGUAGGUGAGUCACUGUCUUAAUGAGUGAGUCAUUGAUUCAUCCGAUUCGUUCAAAUGGAUGAUUCAUUCGGUAAAUGAAGCAAGUGACUGUCUUUAUGAACGGUUCACUGAAUCAUUGACUCACCUGAUUCGUUCAAAAACACUGAAUCAUUCAGUAACGAAGCACUGUUGUGUGUUGCUCAGAGACGCACGACUCUUCUGCUGUGAACAACGAUCAAUAAUGUGUCUAAAAUGUAAGUCAGUUAAUAACAACUACUUGUUUAUUGAACUACUGUUGUAUAAAAUCAGUGUCACAUUUGCAAUCGUGCUGAUAUUCGGGAAAACAUCACUCUUGGUUUUUUUUUCUUAUUGACGUUUUAAUCCUGUUACUCAUUGAGCAACUUCUCAUUCACUUGCCCCUUCACAGAAUCCACUGUCCUGGACAAGUGUUAAUAUAGAGCCCUGAUUUAUGUCAGAAUUAUUAUAAUAAUAUAAGUAUUAUGUUAUUAUAGAGUACUCUCACAUACAUGGACUCACAGACUGGCUGCAUGACACGAUUGUUUGGUCAGAAUAUACAGCACGAGGUUGCCAGGUUGGGAAGAUUAAGUAGAACGCUAAGCAGAAAAUGUAUUUGUUUUAGAGAAAAGAUUUAAAAUGCUCAAAUUCACAUUAUUUCUGUAACGCAGGGAUUCACAAACAGCCGAAUCUCUUUCACGUCAUAUAUUUACUUGAACUACUCCUGAGAUUUGAAGGUAAUAAAUUAAUAAUUAAAUAAGUCAUUUGCAUGUUCACGGUUCUGUGAGGGUCACAUGACACGCAGGUAAACAAAUUAAAUAUUACAUUUUUUUAGUAAGUGUUUUAUUUUGUUACAUUUUUAUGAUUUAAUUGAUUAUUAUAUUUUCAUUAGACUCACAAACCACAGUUUACUAAAUGAGUUUAACUGCACUUCAUGUUGUUAAUAACAAUGAAUGUAAUGUAUUUUCUUUUUCUCUGCACUUUUAUAUCAAUAUGGUACAAGAUUAUCUUAUUAAAAUCAAUAUGAUAAGCUCCUUGGGGUCAUUAGUUAUCAAGCAGUAUAUCAGACGCAGAUCCCUUUCAGAUCUUCUCCCUGCACUUUAUAUAGAGAUGAUGAGAUUAUCAGUGUCAUAGAACUUUAUCCAUUAAAAGACAAAAACCAAUGUGGUGUAAAUGUUUUUGUUGUUGUUUUGGAAUAAAUGUUUGUGAAUAUAA